AUUUCUUCAGACAUCUUCGGCCUCGAGCUCGACGGCGUCCUUCUAGUCUGCUCGAAGCACAAAGAUGCUGUCACGACCGGCGCGCGCCCUCAGGCGUUUUCCCAACGUCACUCUGCGCAGCACACCGCAGGUCCACCGCUCCCUUGCCACAGCGGCCAAGCCACCGUCUCCCAACGAUCCGUUCGCGAAUGGCACAAAUACCUAUUACAUCGAGGAGAUGUACAGGCUCUGGAGACAGGACCCCAAGUCCGUCCACGUCUCCUGGAACGUCUACUUCACCGGCAUGGACAAGAAGGGUCUAACCAGCCCACAGGCUUUCCAACCUCCUCCGGAAGCCGUGCCUACUGGAGGCGCGCCUGCGCUACAUAGUUCCGGUGGCGGAGAACUAGACGAUCACCUGAAGGUGCAACUCCUCGUUCGCGCGUAUCAAGUACGCGGCCACCAUGUCGCGGACCUCGACCCCCUGGGUAUCCUGGAUGCCGACCUCAGCGACCGUGCACCCCCGGAGCUGGAGCUGAGCCAUUUCGGCUUUACCGAGCGUGACCUUGAGAAGCAGAUCACACUCGGUCCCGGUAUCUUGCCAUACUUCGCGACGGAGGACCGGAAAACGAUGCCGCUCGGUGAAAUUAUCAAGCUCUGCAGGCGCAUUUACUGCGGCGCUGUUGGUAUCCAGUACAUUCACAUCCCCGACAAGGAGCAGUGCGACUGGAUUCGUGAGCGCGUUGAAAUUCCCAAGCCGUGGAAUUACACCGUCGACGAGAAGCGCAUGAUCCUGGACCGUCUUAUCUGGUCAGAGCUGUUCGAGAAGUUCAUUGCCAGCAAAUACCCGAAUGAGAAGCGCUUCGGUCUCGAAGGCUGUGAGGCUCUCAUACCGGGCAUGAAGGCUCUCAUCGACCGCUCUGUCGACCAUGGCGUCAAGCACAUCACAAUCGGCAUGCCCCACCGUGGGCGUCUCAACGUUCUCGGCAACGUCAUCCGGAAACCCAUUGAGGCCAUCCUGAACGAGUUCUCUGGCAGUGCUGACGAUGACAUGUACCACGCCGGUGACGUGAAGUACCACUUGGGUGCCAACUAUGUCCGCCCGACCCCAUCUGGCAAGAAGGUCGCGCUCUCCCUGGUCGCGAACCCGUCGCACUUGGAGGCUGAGGACCCCGUUGUCCUUGGGAAAACUCGCGCUCUUCAACACCUAGAGAACGACGAGCAGACUCACCAGACAGCUAUGGGCGUCCUGCUUCACGGCGACGCAGCCUUUGCCGGUCAGGGUGUCGUCUACGAGACCAUGGGCUUCCACAACCUGCCCAACUAUGGUACCGGAGGAACUAUCCACCUAAUCGUGAACAACCAGAUCGGUUUCACUACCGACCCACGCUUUGCUCGUUCCACUCCAUAUCCCUCCGAUAUCGCGAAGGCAAUCGAUGCCCCCAUCUUCCAUGUCAAUGGUGAUAACGCCGAGGCCGUCACCUUCGUCUGCCAACUUGCUGCCGACUACCGUGCGAAGUGGAAGAAGGACGUUGUCCUUGACAUUGUCUGCUACCGUCGGCACGGCCACAACGAGACUGACCAGCCCAGCUUCACGCAGCCCCGCAUGUACAAGGCCAUCGCUAAGCAGCCUACUCCUCUCACCAAGUAUAGCAAGUUCCUCGUUCAGCGCGGUACUUUCACCGAGCAGGAGAUUGAGGAUCACAAGAAGUGGGUAUGGGGCAUGCUCGAGCAAGCUGCGGAUAAGGCAAAGGAUUACCAACCCACUUCCAAGGAGUGGCUCUCUGCUUCGUGGCCAGGGUUCCCGUCACCGAAGCAACUCGCGGAGGAGACUCUUCCCACCCGGCCCACCGGCACUGACGAGGAGGUCCUCAAGCGCGUCGGCAAGUCUAUCUCCUCCUUCCCACCAGGGUUCACCCCCCACAAGAACCUUGCCCGUAUUCUUACUACUCGUGGUAAGACCGUCGAGGACGGCAACAACAUCGACUGGGCAACUGCCGAGACUCUCGCUUUUGGUACUCUGGCCCUCGAGAAGAUCCACGUCCGUCUCUCUGGCCAGGAUGUUGAGCGUGGUACCUUCUCGCAGCGUCACGCCGUUGUGCACGACCAGGAGAAUGAGCAACAGUACGUUCCUUUGAACGAUCUCGGCUCCAACCAGGCACGCUUCGUCGUCUGCAACUCUUCCCUCUCCGAAUUCGGCGCCCUUGGCUUCGAGCUUGGUUACUCUCUCGUCUCUCCCGACAACCUGACCAUUUGGGAGGCGCAGUUCGGUGACUUCGCCAACAAUGCGCAGUGUAUCAUCGAUCAAUUCAUCGCGUCCGGCGAAAGGAAAUGGUUGCAGCGCAGCGGCCUCGUGAUGAGCCUUCCUCACGGUUUCGACGGCCAGGGCCCAGAGCACUCCAGUGGUCGUAUUGAGCGGUUCCUGCAGCUCUGCGACGAUCACCCUCACGUCUACCCGACACCCGAGAAGAUCGAACGUCAGCACCAGGAUUGUAACAUGCAGGUCGUCUACCCAACGACCCCUGCCAACUACUUCCAUGUACUCCGUCGCCAGAUACAUCGUGACUUCCGCAAGCCUCUCAUCGUAUUCUUCUCAAAAUCCCUCCUCCGUCACCCUAAGGCUCGCUCCGAUCUUUCCGAGAUGGUUGGCGAGACUCACUUCCAGCGGUAUCUUCCCGAUUCCCAUCCCGAAAACCUGGUCGCUCCCGAACAAAUCAGGAGACACAUCCUGUGUACCGGUCAGGUGUACCAUACCCUCCUUCAGGAGCGCGAGGACAAGGGCAUUACGGAUGUCGUGAUCUCUCGCGUGGAACAGAUUUCGCCAUUCCCCUACGACCUCGUCACUCCCCAUCUGGACAAGUACCCCAACGCCGACCUUCUCUGGUGCCAAGAGGAGCCUCUCAACAACGGUGCUUGGGGAUACGUUGCGCCUCGCAUCCUGACCGCAGCCAACGAGACGGAGCACCACAAGGGCAAGUACCCCCUGUAUGCUGGCCGUCCACCCACCAGCUCGAUUGCUACUGGCAGCAAAGCUGUACACAAGAAGCAAAUCGAGGGGUUCCUGGCGCGGUCGUUCGGCCAGUAGGCCAUCUUUCUUCAUCUCCAAACACGAGUAUACUAUUUUGUCUUGUCAUUUGGCUUUCCUCGCAUAUCACCAUAAUUAUAGAAAGAUUCAA